AUGGCGAUGGACAACGGUACCAUUGAAGGUGACGAAAAACAACUGGAAGGAGACAAAGUCGAACAACAACUUGAGAAUGUCCCAGCUGUGAUGCCGCCCGCCGCAGACGACGGACUCGUCACGCUGAAUACUGGGUUUGUCGUUUCGAUCCUCUCGACCCAGUUCGGCACAGCAUUCUGGCCCAUACCAACAUCCUUUGUGUUGGCGGUCUGUAUCGCUUUCAUGACCUGCGGUGCCAACUCGGACUUGUUCGGACGACGAGAUUUCGUCCUCUUUGGUAACGUUCUCACAUUCAUCAGUAACAUCGUGGCUAGAAGCGCGAAACAGGCCAACACGGUCAUGAUAGCCAUGACCGUAAUGGACUUUGGCUCUGGCAACUGUCAACUUGCCGCCAAUGUCUUUUGGGGCGGCACCACUGACAUCACCACCGGGGUUCUCACCUCAUUGACCCCGAAUAUUGGUCUCGUUGUGGGCGGCAUGUUGACGGUGGCAUUUGUUAGCCGCCUGCGAAAUUGGAAAUGGACGCUCACAGGCUCUGUGGUGAUCACGGGGCUAUUCGGGGCUCCGCUGGCACUCGGCCAGCCAGGCCGGAAGGGCAUGAUGAUUGCUUUCCUGGUUCCGAAUCAGAUUACCAUGGGAUGGGGCCAGUAUCUCUCCAUUGCCCAUACACAACUUGAGUAA